CACACGCACGCGACCAACACCAACCAUGGCUUCAACACUGUUCGCCCGCACACUUCGACCAUCCAUCACUGCCGCAGAGUCUACGGGCUACAUCUGUCAAUCAUGCCGCCGUCAAGAGUCCACCUACCGACGCACAAGAAAGGCACUACGAGUGAAACCAGAUCCAUCCUUCCUGCCUUCCAAAACCGAAACCCAAGACCACAUUAUCUUUAAUCCGCCCUCCAGCGCGCCGAGCGUAUACCACACACCCUCCCUCUUUCUGCCUCAGGAUGAUCCGAGAAGGAGGGUGCACACGCGAGCAUCUUCCGCCGGCGCAAACCCCCCUUCUACCCCGGGAAUAUCCCGCGUACCAUCAGCGACAGCUACAGUACCACCGACAAAGGACCGGACUUUGCUACCAUCGGUGCGACCGACAUACGAAAAGAAAUACCACGUCACCCCUGAGCAAGUAGAGGAGAUACGCCGGUUACGGCAAGAAGAUCCCCGGCAAUGGACGAGAGUGCGACUAGCGGAGAGAUUUGAGUGUUCGCAAUUCUUCAUCAGCUUAUGCUGCUCAGCACCAGAGGUGAAAGCCGAGCAUGACAAGGCAUUGGAGGAGAUCAAGAAGAAGUGGGGGCGGCGGAAGGCGGAGGCGCGCGAGGCGAGAAAGGAGAGGAAAAAGUUGUGGGGGAUGGAUGCUUGAGUACAGCAUAAGACCCAAAUAUUUUUCUCGGACGGCUACACUUUGGUGCACGAUGCGGCUGUGCCCAGUAUGUGCCUGUUGCGCCACAGCCUGUAGCUAUGUGUACAAAAAGCCAAUCGGAGGCUGUUUAUGGCAGCGCCAGGCUACAGCAUCAUCACCAUCGAAGCAUUUCUCGACG